AUGUUCCCCUGGGGGCUGAGCUGCCUGUCGGUGCUGGGAGCGGCGGGUACCGCUCUCCUGUGUGCGGGCCUGCUGCUCAGCCUGGCCCAGCACCUCUGGACCCUCCGCUGGACGCUGAGCCGGGACCGAGCCUGUGCCCUGCCCCUGCCCAAAGGCUCCAUGGGCUGGCCCUUCUUCGGGGAAACGCUGCACUGGUUAGUUCAGGGCUCGCGCUUCCACAGCUCCCGCCGGGAGCGCUACGGGACAGUGUUCAAGACGCACCUGCUGGGCAGGCCGGUGAUCCGCGUGAGCGGUGCCGAGAACGUGCGCACAAUCCUGCUGGGCGAGCACCGCCUUGUGCGCAGCCAGUGGCCUCAGAGCGCGCACAUCUUGCUGGGCUCGCACACACUGCUCGGCGCGGUUGGCGAGACGCACCGGCAGCGGCGCAAGAUACUGGCGCGAGUGUUUAGCCGCGCGGCGCUGGAGCGCUACGUGCCUCGCCUGCAGGGGGCGCUGCGGCGUGAGGUGCGCUCCUGGUGCGCGGCCCGCGGGCCGGUCUCUGUCUACGAGGCCGCCAAAGCGCUCACCUUUCGCAUGGCCGCGCGCAUCCUCCUGGGGCUACGGCUAGACGAGGCGCAGUGCUCGGAGCUCGCCCGGACCUUCGAGCAGUUCGUGGAGAACCUCUUCUCGCUGCCGCUAGAUGUGCCCUUCAGCGGCCUGCGCAAGGGCAUCCGUGCACGGGACCAGCUGCAUCGGCAUCUGGAGGAGGCCAUUGCGGAGAAGCUUCAUGAAGACAAGGCUGCUGCAGAGCCAGGUGAUGCCCUCGACGGGAUCAUCCGCAGCACUAGGGAGCUGGGCCAUGAGCUCUCAGUGCAGGAGCUGAAGGAGUCAGCUGUGGAGCUCCUCUUCGCUGCCUUCUUCACCACGGCCAGUGCCAGCACGUCCCUCGUCCUGCUACUCCUACAGCACCCGGCGGCCAUCGCCAAGAUCCAGCAGGAGCUGGCGGCGCAGGGGCUCGGGCGCGCGUGCGGCUGCGCGCCGACGGCCUCAGGGGGCGGCUCUGGGCCCCCGAGCGACUGCGGCUGCGAGCCCGACCUCAGCCUGGCGGCGCUGGGCCGCCUGAGCUACGUCGGCUGCGUGGUCAAGGAGGUGCUGCGCCUCCUGCCGCCAGUGUCCGGGGGCUACCGGACAGCUCUGCGCACCUUCGAGCUCGACGGCUGCCAGAUCCCCAAGGGCUGGAACGUCAUGUACAGCAUCCGGGACACGCACGAGACGGCAGCGGUGUACCGCAGCCCUCCUGAGGGCUUCGACCCAGAGCGCUUCGGCACUGCGGGCGAGGAUACGCGGGGCGCUGCCGGCCGCUUCCAUUAUAUCCCGUUCGGCGGCGGUGCGCGCAGCUGUCUCGGCCAGGAGCUGGCGCAGACCGUGCUCCAGCUGCUCACGGUGGAGCUGGUGCGCACUGCGCGCUGGGAACUGGCCACGCCUGCCUUCCCCGCCAUGCAGACCGUGCCUAUAGUGCACCCGGUGGACGGCCUGCGGCUCUUUUUCCACCCGCUUGCGCCUUCGGUAGCGCAGGAUGGCCGACGCCUGUGA